AGUAAAACAUUUCUCGCUGUUUUGCAGCGUAUAUGAACGUCUCACUGUAUAUUGCAGCGUAAAACCAAAGAAAAAACUCUGAAGUAAGAAGUUAAAUAAGAACGUUUUGUGACAAAGAAAAUAUACAAAAAUGGCAGAUCAAUAAUUGCAUUUUACAGAAUAUGAGAAAAUGAACAAUAAUUUCUCGAAGUUCGAAGAUACAACGAAGUUCUCUAAAGUUUUGUGGAUGGUGACGGAGAAAAUUCAUGGCGCUAACUUCAGUUUUCAUACAGACGGAAAAACAGUUCGCACAGCCAGAAGACGGGCAUUACUGGAUAGAGGCGAGAACUUUUUUAACUACCUGAGUGGUGACUUUAUGAAGACACAACCAGAAAAAAUGAAUGACGUAUUUAGAGUGGUUUGCAGUUUGUAUCCAGAGAAACAAAUUAUACAAGUGUCUGUGUAUGGAGAGCUGUUCGGAGGCAAAUACAUUGUGAACGGUAAAGCUCUACAUAACGCAGCUAUGACGCCAAUACAACCUCAAAUUCAAUACAGUCCGAACAUUGAAUGGAACGCAUACGAUAUCUCCUACAGAACUAAACAAGAGCCAGAUCAACAGGCAUAUGUUGAUGGCGAUGAAGCAUUAAAGAUUUUUGAUGAUCUUGGCAUCCUAUACAUCAAACCUCUUUUCAUUGGACCAAUGAAUGAGGCGCUGAAUUAUGGGCUUGGUUUUGAUUCUACUAUACCUGCAAUAUUGAAGUUGCCUCCUUUAGAAAAAGGAACCAACAAGGCUGAGGGGGUUGUCGUGAAGCCGAUAAAAAAUCUAGUUGCUACGGUGAGGGGAGAAGAACAAAGGGUUAUCGUGAAAAUCAAAUUAGCAGAGUUUAUCGAGUUGUGUAACACACCUCAACCUAAAGGAAAGGAAGUGAAAGAACGAUCAUUACAAGCGAAGAUAUUUGACUACGCAAACGAGAUGCGCUUGAUCAGUGCAAUAUCUAAGAUUGGUGCUCCUAAAAAUCCUGAAAUUGAAGAAGAGGUACGCGAAGAAUUUAUGAACGAUGUUUUUGUAGAUGUUAAAGAAAACGAAGCAUUGCAAACACAAUGGGAAAGUGCGGAUGAAGAGACAAAAGUUAAAAUAAAAAACGCAAUGAAGAAUAAAGUGAAUGGGCUCAUCACAAAAUACAAGAAAAAUAAUAGGUGAUAAAAGUUUCACUAGCACACAAAAUAGGAUAUUUUUAAUAACUGCUCAUUAGCCCAUAGAAAAAUCAACAGAUAUUCGCCCGUCGUACUAAUAGCUACCAUUUCGCCUCGCAGAUAAAAAGACAGACGACAGAUUUCCAGCGAAUCACAACUUUUAUAUGUAAAUUUCAAUGCAUUUUAUUAUUUAUAACCUUAUUUCAA